CGUUGGACUGGUCGCAUUCGAAACCAUGCUUUUCGCUUUAUCGCAACCAACCUGAAAGUGAGAUUUUUCACCCCUUUUUUCCACCAUUUCCCUCUUUUUGCUUUUGUCCCUGCUCGCGUAUGUUUGCUUGUUUGAUUGCUUGCUUGCUUGAUAUCCCCCCUGCUGCAACUUUGCCUUUGUCUGUAAGAUGAUCCACCUGGAAGGAGGCAGCCAACUUAAUCAUCUCCUUGAAUGUUUUGCGUGUCUUGUGGGACCUAGAUUCGCCAUCACCCCCUGUCUGAGGCCCCCGAUUUCCUGCUUGAUCUCUCCCUCGUCCCUGUGCCACGAUUGGCUCUGCUUUUAUGAGCAAAGGCCAGGAUAUAGGCACGCUCUUUUCUUGUGAGCUCCCUUGUUCCCACCUCCACAAGCUUAUAUAUUUAUCGUCUCCUGCUUUCGAGCACCCUGUCUGCUGCUACUCUUUCCAAGAACACUCUUGAAAUUCCCCGCGCCAAUCGCUAGAGAGAAGCUCUUGUUCUUGUUCUUGUUCGUUUGCCUUGUUUGUGCUUCGGGAGAACCUGGAAUGCUCUUAAGCCUCCUGCAUUUUCACGUUGUUUCCCCGUCUGACGGUAUGGAGUACGGAAGAAAUCUUCAUAGGACCAGCAAAGGCUCUCACACCAUCCUCAAGUCGAUCUCUCCUUCUUCUUCGCCUUCUAGCAGCAGCAGCAGUAGCAGCAGCAGCACUAGUAGUAGCGAUGGCAGUGAUGGUCAUUCUGAGCGUCCCCCAAGGCACCGCGUGCCGGUCAUUAGAGUAGUUCACAUCUUCAAUCCCACUGUCAUAAAGACGGACGCCGCCAAUUUUCGAUCUCUGGUUCAGGAGCUCACUGGCAGAAGUUGCAGCAACGAUACCAAAGUCGGCACUGUUCGAUCGAAGUCCCGGCAGAGCUGUGCUUCCGUCCCCGAGCCAGAGUCCAACAGAAUCCUGGUGCCGCCUCAUAUUCUCAAGUUGUCCAUGAAUACGCCCCCAAGAAGAAAUCCCAUCUACAUCCCAGAGAGGCUCGGCACUUUCAGCGACAUCGACAUAAUGUCCAGCUUUCAAGAGCCCGUCAUGGACUUGAGCAGGAUGCUGCCAUCUCUCGGUGGUAUGGAGAUCAACGACGAAGGCUUGCCAAGAUUUUCCUUUUGAGGCCCAGCUUGUGUCUGCAAGCACCGAUUCACAGUCUCAGUCGGGGAGAUAUAGCAAAAGCUUAGUGAAAAAUCUUUGCCUUUC